GUAUUAUAAAUGUUUUUUCCGAAAGAGUUCGCUAGAAGCAAAGUAUGACCACGAGUACACGUUGUUCAAACGGGAUAAAAUAAACUUGUGUAACUAUGGACGAAAAUAAUUCUCAAAAUAAAAAUUUUUAUAGUAUUUUAUUACCUACGUAUAACGAAAAAGAAAAUCUACCUAUAAUAGUAUGGCUGAUUAUGAAAUAUAUGACAGAAAGUGAAUAUGAUUUUGAAAUUAUAAUUGUUGAUGAUGGAAGUCCGGAUGGUACUUUAUCUGUAGCAGAACAAUUACAGAAGAUUUAUGGAAAUGAUAAAAUUAUUUUGAGACCAAGAGAAAAGAAAUUAGGUUUAGGUACAGCAUAUAUUCAUGGAAUGAAACAUGCAAAGGGAAAUUUUAUCAUAAUAAUGGAUGCUGAUUUGUCUCACCAUGUAAGAUAAAGACCACCAUUUAUUAGAAAACAACAAAAAAAUAAUUAUGAUAUAAUUUCUGGUACUCGUUACAUUGGAAGUGGAGGAGUUUAUGGCUGGGAUUUGAAAAGAAAAAUAAUAAGUCGAGGAGCAAAUUAUUUAACACAGAUUCUGUUAAGGCCUGGUUCUUCAGAUUUAACUGGUAGUUUCAGGUUAUAUAAAAAGUCAGUGUUACAAAAACUUGUUGAAGCAUGUGUUUCUAAAGGCUAUGUUUUUCAAAUGGAAAUGAUAAUAAGAGCUCGUCAGCUUGGAUAUACCAUUGGUGAAGUUCCGAUUACAUUUGUGGAUCGUUUUUAUGGAGAAUCUAAACUUGGAGGAAAUGAAAUAGUCCAGUUUGUAAAGGGUCUCUUGUAUCUGUUUGUUACCACAUGAAUCAAAAUAUAAUUUAUUUUUAUAAAAUUAAUAAUAAUAAUUUAUUAAAUAUAAGAAAAAAUUAUGUUAAACAGAUUUCUUAAUUAUGAAAAUUAUAGCUAAUAUGCAUUUAAAUUUUUGAAUUUAUGUAAACAUAUAACAAUUGGUAUAUGAUAGAAAUAUGUUUUUAUCUUUUAAAAUAAUAACUUUAAAUGUUUGGUAUUUGAUCUUGGCAAAUAACUUAUGGAUUUUAGCUACAAGUGUAACAAUUAAGAUCUUUUAAAAUAUCUUAAAUUUUAAGAUAAACUUUUGAGAUAUUACAUAAUGUUGCUGUUGAUAAGACAUUUAAAGUAAAUUCUUUAAAAUAGAUUAAAUUUAAAGCAUUAAAGUGAAACUCAAUUAUAUAACAUAGCUACUUGGAAUUCACCUGUUUUCAUUUAAAAGAUGCAAAAUGAAAAUCAUCAUCCAACUAAAUGUUGAAAUGAUGCUUAAUUAUAAUUAAAACACUAAAGCAAAUUUUGAUACAUUAAUUUUCUUUUAGGAAAAUAUUGAAAAUUUUAUUAUUCACUUUCUAAGGUGCGUUGUAAUAUUUAUUACAUCAGAUGUAUCUAUUGUUUUCUCUGAUGUCCACUUUAUAUUAUUAGAAAUAAAUUGUAUAGCUAAUAUAAGUAGUUAUCAAGAGAAUUUCAUACUGUAAUAAAUUAU